AUGGCUAGAGAUACUAUCAGAGGUUUACAUGUUGCCAUCGUCGGCGCCGGCAUUGGGGGACUCGCCCUUGCUAUGGGCCUGGAAAAGAAAGGCGUGCCUUACACGAUCUAUGAAGCAGCCCCCGAAUAUUCCGUUGUGGGCGCGGGUAUUGGGUUCGGGCCUAAUGGCGAUGUCGCGUUGGACAUGAUCCAGGAGGGCUUUCGUGCCGAAUACGAUAAAGUGUGCGUAGGCAAUAUGCCCGGCCAGCCUCAGGAUAUCUACUAUGAAGGAAUGCUCUUGAAGGAGGGCCUGGGUCUCGGUGAAGCCUGGCACGGUCAUUCGACCUGGGGCCACCCAGACUACGUCCGUAGAGGUGCCCACCGCAACGCCGUCCUUCAAAUUAUGACCAGCUUCAUCCCGAUCGAGAAAGUCCGUUUUAGCAAGUGUGUGGAAGAGAUUCAACAGUGUCCUGACAAGGUUAUCUUGAAAUUUGCAGACGGCGGCGUUGCUGAGGCUAGUAUCCUUGUCGGAGCUGAUGGAAUCAAGAGUAUGGUGAGGGCCCACGUCUUGGGACAGUUGUAUCCUAGCCAGGUCGAGCCUGUUUACGCCGGCUCGUAUUGCUACCGUGGCGUGAUAUUGACAUCCGAAGCCAAAGAGAUCUUUGGGGAUCUCACGGACGUAGCGAAGAUGUACCUCGGCGACAACCGCUGCUGUAUCACUUAUCUGAUUUCCAAGGGCGAUGAAUUCAAUUUCCUCCUUUGCGCCAUUGAUGAUAAACCCUGGGAGUUCAAGAAUGUUGUAUCACAGAAGAUCACGCACGAGGCUAUGAUGGCUGACUUCGGAGGAUCCAGCGUUGACGAGCGGUUUCGGCGUUUGUUGAGCAAAGCCAUGCCGGUUAAAUGGGGGUUCUUCCAUCAUCGGUAUACGUCGACAUAUUAUCGUGAUCGGGUAGUCCUUCUGGGUGACAGCGCCCAUGCAUCUCUGCCUUUCCAGGCCGCCGGCUCUGGUCAGGGCUUGGAAGAUUCCUUGAUUCUCUCAAACAUUCUGGCCAAGAUCUACGGCGCUGCAGACCAAGGGGCCGCGCUUGGUCCGUAUAUCCGUGCUGGAUUUGCCGCUUACGACUCGAUUCGACGGCCGAGAGCUCAGAGACAACUUGAGACGGCUUAUGAAAUGAGCCACAUGAUUCAUUUCCAGCACUCGGAAACAGGCAAGGAGAUGGAAAAGAUCGCUGGUAAACUGCAGGAAGGGUGGUUCGACUGGAUAUGGUUCCAUGACCUGAACGGGGAUAUCGAGUCAGCAUUUCGGAAAAUGGACGAGGAAUUGAAUGCGUAA